GAGAAUUGUAAAGACAUGUCGUCGAUUUUGGGGACCGUGGCUAAACAAGUGAAGAGCCACCCGGCUCUGAUCCCUCUCUUCAUCUUCAUUGGUGGCGGAGCUACCAUGAGUGUGAUGUAUGUGUGUCGCCUGGCCCUGAAAAACCCUGAUGUCUCAUGGGAUCGCAAGAACAACCCUGAGCCCUGGAACAACAUGGGGCCCAAUCAGCAGUACAAACUUUUCACAGUCAACAUGGAUUACUCCAAGCUGAAGAAGGACCGGCCAGAUUUCUAAGUCUUCAGAGCUUUUUAUCUGACGUUGCCAUCAUCGUGAGGAGUCGUUGCACUUUUUGCCAAACACAAACAAACCUGUUAAAAUAUAUGAAGUUGAAUGAUGCUUUUUUUUUUUUUUCCAGCCUCAUAAGUUAAAGGGAUCACACGCUUAUUAAUGAAUCUGAA